UGAUCGGUUAAUUUCACAAUCAAUAAAUGCGAUUUGAUCCUUCCCGAAUGCCAUGUGCCCCAACGUAUUAUCGUCAGGUAUACGCAAUUCAACGUGACAUGAUACAUGAGUAAAACCAGCACUGGUUUGCACUUAAAUUUGUUCAAAAUAAUUACCUUAAUGUUACCAGGAACUCUAUAUCUCAAGGCUAACGCUUGCAGUUCCUUGUAAGAUAGAUUAGAGAUAUCUGCACUUCCACUCAUCUUUUAUUUUUCGCACAAAUUAUUAACCGUAGAGUUCAUCGACGAAUUUACACGAUUCUGGAAUAUGGCUAGGGUGGCUACAUUGGGGGAAAUCGUCUGCUUUGUACGAUUUGCAGUACACACCCGAGUAUUGUGUACGUACAGGGAUUAACGUCUCACCUUUAGGUACGAUCGUAUUUAACUUUUAUUAAGUACGAACUUCAAGCGGUUCACGCUCACAUACCCAUAAUCCGAAAUUAAAAUUUAACCGCGCUUAUCGCAUUUCUAGCGUUCGAUUCAUAUGAAUGUUCCCCAGGCUAAAUUAAUUGGGUCCGGGAUCUGUAGUUAAUUGCUAUAAAUAAAUGGGAUAAUUCGGGUAUUAUAUUUAGCUAUUCGAGAUUCUGGUAGGGUCACGAUAUAGGACUGAAAUUUUGAUGAAUUAAUCGAUAAAGUGAUAUCGCACGUGUAACGUGAGAUUCGUUUGUGCUGCAAUUGUUAGUGAGAAGCGGUGCACUCGAUAAGAAUUAUUUUUUUUUAAUUUGCCACCCCUAUAUUACCAGGUAUAUAAUUUUAUUAAACUCCUAAGACAGGUAAUGCCGUCUCAAGUGUCGGUUUAUGUAAUGAGAGAAUAAUUAGUGAACCGCAUGUGAUAUCAUUUUCCUCUGCACACCAUAAUUUGCUGAGGAGAAGCCUUUCUUCUAUAAUAUUUCGGGGGUUUCAUAAAUCUCAUAACAUUGAGCCAGAACGAGGACAUCCAUUAUCAUUUUCCUUAAAUGCUUGAAUAGUUGGUGUUGAUAAAGAGAACAAUAAGUCCCGCACACGAGUUGCUGAAUUAGAAAUAAUUGAAAGGGUACAUGAAGCAAAGGGUAUAAGUAUGUAAUACAUGACCAUGCCUUAUAUAAGGUAGUCGAGUAUUAUAUUAUGUAUUGAGUUUGCGCGGAGAUGUUGGUUUUCGCGUUGAGUUCUACAGUUUUCGUUGUGGCAGCCUAUACUCAGUGCGUCACCUGCGGAACAGAGUUCAUAUAGUCUCAGCAAGGCGGGCUGGUGAUAUUUUUUUCAUUGGAAGAUUUUCUGCGCAAACUUCUCAAUAAGGCGCAUGAUUUUUUUAUAAUUUAUAUUAUACGCUUGUACAUACUUUGAACUAAAAGAAUAAAAUAAUCAUUUGAAUAAACGAGAAUCCACGGAACAAGUUAUACCAGUCAUACUGAGAUUAUCGAGUGGUAAAUCGGGAAAGGAUGAAAGCCCGAAAGAGCCGUGGAGAUAAAAAGGAUGAACUAGAGGAACUAACUGGAGUAUUAGCAAGUACCGGGGGUGGUGCUCUGACUCUUGGGGGGCGUCAUAGGCCUGAAGAAUUAACGACUCUAGCUGCGACAACGAGAUUUUCACGGAAAGAAAUCCAGCUAAUCUACAGAGGAUUCAAACAAGAAUGUCCCACAGGUCUUGUGGAUGAAGAAGCCUUCAAGCAAAUCUUUUCCCAAUUCUUCCCCCAAGGAGAUGCAAGCCAAUAUGCUCACUACGUAUUCAACACGAUGAAACGUAAACAGUCUGGAAAAAUUAGCUUUGAGGAGUUUCUGUCCAUUCUAUCAAAAGUGUCUAGAGGCUCAGUGGAGGAAAAACUUCAAUGGGUGUUUGGUCUCUAUGAUCUUGAUGGAGACGGGUUAAUAAGUAAAGACGAAAUGCUGGAUGUAGUUGGUUCAAUUUAUGAAAUGCUGGGAAGAUACACCCAACCCCAAUGUGCCGAGCCUCAAAUGGCCGCACGUGAGCAUGUCGAACGUAUAUUUCAUCUGAUGGACACAAAUAAGGACGGAGUUGUGACGAUUGAAGAAUUGGUCCAGUGGUGUUCUAAAGACGAGCAACUCUUACGUAGCUUGGAUACUCUAGACACAGUGUUGUGAAAUUAUUUUUACCCUUUUUGAUCCUGUCGUAUGCUCAGUAACCGCGAGAUAAUGUUUAUCAUUUGAUGCAAAUUUCUGUACAGAUUCGCUUGCGAUGCAAAUGCUGCAAGCCGCUGAUUUUUUGGCAAUGACCAUGGCAGCAAUCGAAUAUUUGCAUCGUCUAGUAUCAUUCUGUAAGUCUGAUAUCAAUUGAUUUUCUAAAUUGCAAACAGCUGAUCGAUUUCACGAAGUAUGAAAUCAUCGACAUUGCAGAAGAUUUAUUGAAUGCUCAUCACAAAUAUUUUACUAUACCCAGUCUUUCAGAUAUGCGAUUGCGUGAUUCCAGUAUUACUAAUGUUACAAAUCUCUUACAUAACGCCUAUAUUAUGAUAAUGGCUUCAUUCCCCUAUUCCGAAUUCUAAACUUUUAUCAUCAAACUUUCGGAGUUCUAACAAGACGCAUUACCAGCAUUCGAUAAAAAAAAUAAUGCAAUUUCAGUCAUUUUUCCUGUUACCAACUCGUUACCCCCAAUAUGUAUAUUGCAGGAAAUGCGUCUUUUUUUUUAAUCAUAUUGCUGACAAUGAAUCCCAAAUUUCAGGAAUGUUACAUACAAAUACUUACGUAAAUAGGUAUAUAAUAGGUAUAUUGAUACUUAUGCAUCAAUGAACUUUGAAAAUGUUCUAACUUAUGAGGCACCAGUUUUUUAGGUAUUAUUAAUAAUGAUACGAUAGAGCUCUAUUUGGAUAUGGUAGACUUAUAUAUAGUAUAGUGAUGAUAUAGCAGCAAAAAAUAGGACAGUUAGAAAUUGUUUAGAACAUCUUAGACUUACAAUUAGCAUUGACCAAACAAGCUGCCUUCUUUGGCAGGGCCUCGUGUGAUUCUCCCGUACCUUACUACUAUUUAAUUCAUUAAAAUAUACAUAUAAUAUAUUAUAUAUAUAGUUAUUAACUCACAAGCAUAUAUAUUAGGCUUACAAUCAUAUUUGACAAAUCUAUUCAAAUUCUAUGAUAUACAUAUAAAAAAGUUAGCAAUAUUACUGUAUAAUUGUUAAAUCAAAUACCUUUAUACCUCGUUAAGCUCGGUCGUUGAUUAUAUUAUUAACGCAUUGAAAUAAAUCUCUACACUUUUAGUAGAACAGACUCUAAUUCUAUAACUCUAUUCAUGAAAAAAAAGUUCGAUGAUACGUUCGACAAUAGCAAUAUGUUCUGCUGAAAAAAUCACGGACCAUGUAUCGUAGAUAUUUCCGAACUUUCUCAUAAUGAUUCACACAUGGUAAUCAAUUAUGCACCGAUAAAACAAAUGAUCUAAUUUUGAAUAUUUUCAUAAAUCUAAUAACUCGUUAAAAGAAGUAUGGAGUACACGCAUAGACCUGUCCAUAUGCUAUUGCAUCGGUAAUUAACAACAUGAGUUUUGUUCAUAAACUGUACCAUUCCGACUAAUAAAUAGUUGGUUACCAAUCAUAA